CUUCACACACACCAGGAUCUUCCCACUCUACCUGACCGCUCUAUAUGUGGCACAGCAGACUCCUACGCUGCCGUCCGUCCUGACGGAGGAGGGGAAGAAGAUACAGAGAGAGAAAGAGAGAGAAAUACAGAGAGGAGGGAAGACUGCAGAUGUCCUACAGCGCGUGGAACUACAGCUCUCCAUCCGUCCUCUCCUCUCUUCUCCUCCCUCAUCCCCUCUUUUUCAUCAUGAACCUGCUCUUAUCUGGUUGCUAAGGAGGUGAGAUUGAGCUUGGAGGAGGAAGUGCACACGGCGGGAAUUUGUUGCUAAGGCCCUGAGCUGCAGUCACAUCGUCAUGGAGGAGGAACGAGCCGAGAGCACAGCUCAGGCCGAGCAGGAGCAGGAGGAGAUGGCGGAGACAGCAGAGACGCCGGAGACGGCAGAGACGGCAGGGACAACAAAGACACUUGGGAUGACGAGGACUGCAGGAACAGAUCCUGAGGAGGACUCGCCAAACAUGAUCGUUUACAGGAAGAUUGAAAGCAUAAUCACCAGAAUCCAGGAUGAAACUGAUGGCGUGCCCAUCAGAACCGUCAAGAGCUUCAUGUCAAAGAUUCCCAGCGUGGUCACAGGUUCAGACAUCGUUCAGUGGCUGAUGAAGAAUCUUUCCAUUGAAGAUCCCGCUGAGGCUUUGCACAUCGGGAGCUUGAUCGCUGCUCAGGGAUACAUCUUCCCCAUCUCGGACCAUGUGCUUACCCUGAAGGACGACGGCACCUUCUACCGCUUCCAGGCUCCGUACUUUUGGCCAUCAAAUUGCUGGGAGCCAGAAAACACAGAUUAUGCCAUUUAUCUGUGUAAGAGAACAAUGCAGAACAAGACUCGGCUGGAGCUAGCGGACUAUGAAGCGGAGAACCUGGCGAGGUUACAGCGAGCGUUCUCCAGGAAGUGGGAGUUCAUCUUCAUGCAGGCCGAGGCUCAGGUUAAGAUUGACCGGAAGAAGGAAAAGACUGAGAGGAAGAUCCUGGACAGUCAGGAGCGAGCAUUCUGGGACGUUCACAGGCCAGUGCCUGGCUGUGUCAAUACCACUGAAAUGGACAUAAGGAAGUGUCGCCGCAUGAAAAACCCACAGCGAGUCAAGAAGUCAGUGUAUGGUGUGGCGGAAGACACACAGACGCAGAGUCCUGUACACACACACUCACAGCAAAACAGGAAGGACACUAAGGAGGACGUUGAGAAGGAGAUUUUAUUCCUGAACACUCAGCUUGACCGACACUGCAUGAAAAUGUCCAAAGUGGCAGAAACGCUGAUAAGCUACACUGAGCAGUACCUGGAGUACGACCCGUUUGUGUCUCCCCUGGAGCCUUCCAACCCCUGGAUCAGUGAUGACAUCACUUUCUGGGAGAUGGAGGCCAGCAAAGACCCAAGCCAGCAGAGGGUUCGGAAAUGGGGCUUUUCUAUAGACGAGGCUUUGAAGGACCCGGUCGGACGGGACCAGUUCCUUAAGUUCUUGGAGUCUGAGUUCAGCUCAGAGAACCUGCGAUUCUGGUUGGCGGUGCAGGAUUUGAAGCGGCGCCCCCUGCAGGAUGUUCCCACUCGGGCUCAGGAGAUCUGGCAGGAGUUUCUUGCUGAAGGUGCUCCAAGCGCCAUAAACCUCGACUCACACAGUUAUGAGAGAACCAGUCAGAAUCUCAAAGACUCUGGACGCUACAGCUUCGAGAACGCACAGGAACACAUCUACAAGCUGAUGAAGAGCGACAGCUACACCCGGUUCUUACGCUCCAGCACUUACCAGGACCUCCUGCUUGCCAGAAAGAAGCCUGAAAGUGAGCAGGGUCGCCGUACGUCUCUGGAGAAAUUCACCCGCAGCGUGGGUAAGUCUCUGACGGGGAAGCGUCUGACAGGCCUCAUGCAGUCCUCCUGACGAGCCCCGGGCCAUGAUUAACCUUGUUAAAUCGAAGAAGCAGAGGAAGCGGCACGAUGGUGUGCAGUGAUACAGCCGAAGCACAGGACAUCUGCGCCAACUCGAUGGCGUAGCCACAGACUACGACAUGCAAUAAGUCAACAAAAACCUUACAAACAUGGACUGUCUGUAUUUAACCAGAUUAUAUCUAAACCUCUGAUAUGAGAUAACAACAAAAGACUGCGCAUAUGAAUGUCAGGGUUUUUUUUUCUGUCUACUCUUUACCAGCAGUGUCAAAGGGAGAAAAACACUCACUGCUUCAGCUAAUAUUUACACUGUCUGUUGUCUACUACACUUUCUUUUCAUGACAUGGAGCAGAAGAGCUUUCAGUCCCAAACAUUCCACAGGAGAGAAAAGACACAAGGGCUUCUGAAGCGGUUUCUCUGCGUGGAUUUGCACAGUGUUUGUUUUGUCUGGCAUCCAGCAUGUUAUGUGUUAAUCCAUAGAACACAAAUCUCACUUGGAGCCUCUUUUAUAUUACUGUGGUUCAUUUAAGAAGUGUUUAAUCAGAUUCAUGUAAAAUAGUUAAAGCAAACUGUGGUGUGAUAUCACUUUAGUGCAUGUAAUGUUUGUGUGAUUCACAUUAGAAAGAAUUUGAACAGAUUUCCUUGAACUAACAAAUAAAUAAACGAAUUAGACAGGGUGUGCUUUUAUAGGAAAAUAAUCAACAGGGUGGAGUGACUACAUUUAAUUAGUUUCCACACCAAAGCUGAUUGUUUUUUUAAAAACAGCAGUAAAUCUUUUAUUCCUCUUAUACCCCAGGAAUUUCCCAUGAACACUAGGUAUUUGUUAAAAAAUUUUAAAACAUUGAUAACGUGUGAAAAUUACAGUUAUGGCAACACAGCACAACUAAACUGACCCUUGGACUUAUUUGGAGCUACCUGUGUGUGUGUGUGUGUGUGUGUGGUAAUCACACAUUCAGUACGGAUGUAGAAUAACGUUAAAAAAAAUAAGGUUAAAAGCACUGGAGUUUUCUUUUGGGCUUUUCACACUUAAAAAAAAACUUUUUUUCUUGACCAAUCAGAUCACACAUUAGGGGAGAGAGGAAAGAAAAACACAAAAGAUAAAGCACACUUGAAAAUGUGUCUGGUGUUGAAACGAUUAUGAGAUAAUAUGAGAUAAUAUUUAACGCUACAAGAUUAAGAGAAUAAAUUGGCAAUAUUUCAAGAAUGAAAAUAAUAUUUAGAGGAAAAAUUUGCGAUAUUACAAGAAAAAAAAGUCUGGUGACUGAAGUCAGUAAGUCAGUACAGAUGUCAAAAAAUGUUAUUAUUCAGGAAAAAAUCUAUAACUAGAUUUAUAGAUAAAAAGAACUAACUUAUAACACCGUGAUGAAAUAAUGCGUAAACAUUUCUCAUGCUAAAAUGCGAUUUCAUUCUUUAAAUAUUACAGACUUAUUCUU